GCUUUUGGUGCAGGGCUCUAGUAAUACUUGUUUUUCAUUGUUUCUGCCCAGAUAUUACUGUACAAGCGGAGUUUUUCGAAUCUACAAUUUUCAGAUCGGCUUAAUUGCGUUAUUUUUUGGAGAACCACGCUUCUUGGGAGUAGUGGCUGAAUAGAAUUUGAAAUCAAGAACAUGCCGCUGAAAUUUGAUGUCAGCCAUUUCGUUGGGCCGAAAGUGCAAGAACUUCAAACGCGGAAUUUAAGAUUGCAAGAAAAAGUUCGAGAACUUGAAACGAAAAAUGCAAUUUUGAAUUUACGACUUGCGGAAUGUCAGAACAAUGUGCAACAAUCCAGAGAGGAUGUCAUUCAUUUCAAGUUGGAGACUGAAACUCAUAUUGACACAAGAAAUAAAGUUCUUGCAACUGCAGAUGAAACUCGAGAAAUGGUGAAAGAAAUCAAAAAUGAUCUCAAGACAUUAGAAGAAGAUGUUUCCUACAUGUUUAAUGACGUUCAACAAAUAUUUGAAGGUCAUCUUGAAAAUGUAAUGAACCGUGUCGAGAAAGUAAAAAUCAAAGAUGGAAAUAUUACAGAACUGGAUAAGAGAAUUGAAGAACUGGAAUCUGCAUUAAUAGAAGCAAACGAUCGUCAUAUUCGGGAAAAGAAAAAGAGACGAAAACUACAUAACGAUUUGAUCGAGCUACGGGGUAACAUAAGAGUUCAUUGCAGGUUACGUCCUUUGCUUGCUUUUGAUAAUGGUAACUUGUCUCCACUAGAUGCAUUGCAUGGUAAAGGCGAUAUGAACGAGCUCUAUGGGACAGAACUCGGAAAACCAGGUUCAUCUUCAGAACAAGUUGUCCAUGCCAUUGACGAUGAAAAUAUUUCCGUACUGUCUACGAAACCAGCAGCCAUUCCUAAAGCUUUUGAAUUUGAACAUGUUUAUUUUCCUGGCGAUGCACAGGAUUUAAUAUUUGAAGAAGUUCAGCCUCUCAUAACAUCUCUACUUGAUGGCUAUAAUGUGUGUAUCAUGGCUUAUGGUCAGACCGGAAGUGGAAAAACACAUACAAUGUUGGGCAAUAAAACAGAGCCAGGCAUAGUACCUAGAGCUGGUGAAGAGCUCUUCAAAUUGAUAGAUGAGAAACCAGUGGGAAGUGUAUCAGUACAGGUAUCGGUGGUUGAAGUUUACAACAAUGAUAUUUAUGAUUUAUUGUCUGAUAAUCCAAAAGAAAUGAAGCACGCUAUUACAACCACGGAAGAAGGGAGCCUCGAUAUUGUAUCAACCAUUCAAAUGCAGGUCCAUAAUUCUACAGAUAUUGAAAAAUGGAUGGAGCAUGGACUUCGACAUCGUGCUAUGAUGGCAACUAAAGUUCACGAGCACUCAAGUCGUUCACAUCUGGUUGUGACUCUCACUGUCACAAACCACAAAACAGUGCUAGCUUCACCAAGAAAACCACAAGUUGGCGCUAAUGAGCUGGAUUCAUUGACUUUGACUCCCCAGCGAGUUCGCAGACAGCUACCUCAACCUAACCUUCCUUACAUUGGAGUUCAGAGCCCCAGAAAAGUUGCCGCUAAUGAUGAACCAUCUUCCCCUGCAACUGUUGCCAUGACAAGUGAUAGCUUCAAAACCAAGCUGCAAUUGGUCGAUUUAGCAGGAAGUGAAUGUGUUGGAAUGUCAGGGGUUACAGGUCAUGCUUUGAGAGAGACCUCUCAUAUUAACCGCUCACUAUCAGCUUUGUCUGAUGUCCUUGGUGCUUUGUCGGAAAAAAGAUCUCAUAUUCCGUACCGUAAUUCAAGACUAACGAGGUUACUUCAAGACUCCAUCGGAGGCGAUGCAAAACUUCUGCUCAUGUUGUGCGUUUCCCCAGCUCAAAGAUAUCUCACAGAAUCUUUACAAUGUCUUAGUUUUGGUCAAAGGGCCAGACAGGUGCAACGAGGUCCACCGAAAAAGAGAGGGUACCAGUCUGUUGUUAACGAAGCUUCAUUUAGACCUCAGUCACCAAAAGAAAAGCCAUCAGCUGUUCGUAGAAUGCAACUGUGAAAAAUUGUUAGUAUGAAGCAGUAAAUUGAGUUUCUAGUAACUAUUUAUGUGUAUGAUUAGUUCCUUGGAUUGAGUAGCUACCUCUCUGAUUUUAUACUAGAUAUGUGUAUUUUCAUUUCAAACUGUUGCAUUAUGCAGUAGCACUAUCAAUUUAUAAUCAAUAUUUUUUCAAUGUGACAGGGUCAUGUCAUGUUCCCAGUAUAAUAUUGUCAUUUUAUUCGGUACAUGGUUUUGGGUUCAGAAAAAAAUUUAUACCUAGCUCCAAGCCAUUUGUAUAACAACUCAGACAUCAGGAUGAGGUAAAUUCUGAAUACAGCUCUAUACAGAAUAAAAAAAGUAUGCUAGCCUGGACUCCAAAAUCAUGAAUUUGUUUUAGCUGGUAUUAGCUAUUUUAUGUGUUGUGGCCAGUUUCAUAGGUUGAUCACCUCACAUAAGAAUUGUGUUUAUUAAUUAUGAACUGUUGCAUUACGCAGCAUUUUCAUUUCGCAAUACAGGUUUUUCCUUGUAUAAUAUGGCAUUUUGUUGAGCUUCUGAUAUUGGUAUUUCCAAUUAUUCAUACCACUCUUUGAUUCUUUAUUGAUUUGCAGCGUCAAAUGAAAUCUUAGGCCCACAAAACCUUAACUAAAAAUUU